AUGCUCAGUUUAGUGUGUAUUGCUAGAGAGGUUUUUUGUUUUCUUGGGAGAGUGCAUGUGAUCAGCACAGGGCCAAUCAGCACUGUCCAGACAGAGAGGUCAGGGGUUUUGCAUCCUCCUAGAGCAGAAAGAAAACUCCUCCUACAAGCUUUAACAUGUGCUCUGCUGGGCACUGAUAGACGUCACAAGACUGCUCUAACUGCUGAUGUGAAAAGGUAUUUAGCAGUUUAUAUUUACUAAAAUAAUUGCAUUUCCAUGUUCUGUGUUCUGUGGGAGACCAGAUAUAGUGAACGCAGGGUCCUGGG